AAUGGUUGCAGUCCAAACUUCCCUGCAUAGACGUUGGAUAAACGCUAGAUAGCGCCAUUUACCAUCGCUUUGCCUUGUGGCGCUAGUGCCCCAAUCUGAAGGAAAAUGUAAUUAAACAGAAGGGAGCGCUGAGAUGAACAACUGCUAACGCUGUAAAUCAAACGCCGAAAAAUUCUCUAAAUGUAUCUAUAUCUUGGCUAAAUAGUACUUUUGUAAGAAUCAGUUUCAUCAUUACAGUAUUUAAAAAGAAGAGCAUAAUCCAAUGUGGAUAAUGUUAUAUUUCAUGUGGGAAAUAAAAAUAAAUAAAUUCAAUAUUAUAAUAAUAAUAAUUAGGAAUUAUAGUUUUAACAGGUAGGCGUAUGGGUUAUUGGUGCGAUCGGUAUGGUACGUCCCUAUAUAUGAUGGGUGAACAUGUCCUGUAAGCUGAGAUACUUCAGCCAGACGUUGACGCGUAACAUUCACGUGAUUAGCGCGGAGGCGCGUCUUAAGUUAGAAGUUCAGACCCCUGGAUCCUUAAGACUUUGAGACUUAAACACAGUGCAGGGGACUAGCCCCCUCUCAUCACACGGCAGCAGAUGAUUGUUAGAAGCAUACUGUAAAAAUAGAUAUUAAAUGUUAUUGCUUGUAUGCCUUCGGCCUUCUUCAAGUCGCGGAUAUUUUUUUUUUCUGAACCCACUAACCCUAUUAUUAUAACGGAAUCCCAGCAUCGGACCUCCAUCAAUUCACCAUGCAGUCGGAGGAACGCCAGAUAUCAGUGUGGGUUUGUCAAGAGGAAAAACUGGUGUUGGGUUUGUCCAAGCGCACGACCUGUGCCGACGUGGUGAGGGUGCUGCUUCUGGACGACCACCACAACGCGCGGGUAAAAGUGUCCAAACAAGUGACGCUUCGACGCAGACCUCAAUCCUAUUGCGUCGUUGAGAUAUGGAAAGAACUCGAGCGCGUUUUGCCCGAUAACACAAGAAUCCUGCGUCUAUGGGACGCGUGGGGAGCGGAGGAGCAGGGCAACGUGAAGUUUGUGCUGUUCCAGCAGGAGCCGUCUGCGGUAUUUGCUGCGCACGACGCACGGCUCUGCGUUCCUGCAGGGGCCGCGGUUGGCCCCUGCAGGAGCGCAGAGGCGCGCGUCGUGCGCAGCAAAGACAGCCCUCCCGCUGCUGCAGGAGCGACCACUUCUAACGCCGCCAUGUGUUUCUCUCCGGGAAAACAGCGUCGAAUAGUCAGGAAAGCCUUCAGAAAAUUGGAAAAGAUAAAUAAAAAAAAAACGCGGGCGACGUCCGUAGACGCGACUUCGAAACGCAUGGAGACCAUAAUCCACCGCGUAGCUUCCCAGGACCACGCGAUGCGCCAACAGGUCCACAGGAUCCACGAGCUGGAUAAGGAGAUAGACUGUUUUGAAGCGCAGGUUCAUGCGGACAGAAUGAAAAGUCACGGGGUCAAUUAUGUGCAAGAUACAUAUUCAGUUGACGGCCCGGUGGAGAGGCCCUUUACGCGCGAAGGUGACGCGCUCUCAUCGGUGGACAGGAUCGCCAACUUGGAAGAGUACCUGCGUCAAUGUCAGGAGAUGGUGAAGCUGCAGGAGAGGCUGGAAGAUCACGAGGCACUCGUGGACAGCAUGACGAGGGACAUUCAAGAGGAGUUGAAUCGAAGAUGGAUGGAGAGGAGGAGGAGAGAGGAGAAGCCCAUGGCCUGCACCACAUCACCACCACACCUCAUGAAGACCCCGGGAUUGGUGGCAGGAAACGACUGUCUUUUGGACCACGUUGAGAGGAUCCGAACAGAGCUCGAUACUAGUUUAUACAUCGGACUUCGCUUAGACACGGAUUUAGUUGCUAUUGACCACGAUUUACAGCUGACCCAGGUGACGCUUAGAGCCAGGGAAAGAGAGAUCCAUGCUUUACUGAAACAAUUGGACACUUUGGAUGCUGACGAAGAACCAUUGACGUUUGAGAAGUGCAGUGAUAAUGUGCCAAAAGAGGGGGAGAUGGUGUGGAGUUUAGAAACUAAAAGAGGCUGGGUUGAGCAAACCAGAUGCUGCAAUAGCAGCCAGGAUGAAGACUCGGACACAGGGAUUAGUUCCCUGCACAGUCAAGACUCAGACACUUAUCCAGUUAUCUCACUCACCUAACAUUACUAAUAUAUUCAGUUGAGGCUACUCCACUCCCUAAGAUCUGGUGUCCAAUGUCGUAAAUGUUUAUGUCAAAUAAAUCCUUCAUUAAUCCUUUUGUUAAGGCCGCUGUAUAAUUAUUAAAGAGCAUGGAGUUGCCAACAUUUGCUGACAUUCUUUUUUCUUUUGUAAAAUCCAAGGUCUUGGAUAUUGACAUAGUGAACUUCUAGUGAGUAGCCUAUUCCACACUAUAUUUGGGUAAUUAAAUGUUAUUUCUAACAUGUGUAGACUAUUUCUCAAUGUAUUUAGAUUAUUGCCAUAUUGCCCACAAUCAGGCAAGAUGAAUUUAUCAAACCAUAUAUGCAUUCUGCUUUCAACACAUACUAAUCAACCAAUCAAGUCUUUCACCUGUGAUCUUCCCCAACAAAUCAUGAAAUGAAUGCUGUUCAUUUUUAUCUCCAGCAUCGACCGAACGUUUUCAAUACCAGAACAUCCGCGCUGAUCAUUUGCACAGUUUGCUACAUUGAAGAGGAUAGCCUAUUCCAGUGCCUGUGGUACACUGUUGACAAUGACAUAACCCCAAAACAAUGUUGACAUACGAGGCUUUCAAACAUGUGCAAAAUCUUUUAUUCUUUAUUAUACUUUUUUUAAGAAUGUAUAUAAUGUGCAUAAGUAAAAUGUUUUGUUCUGUUUGUUUUUGCUUUGGGUCUUACCGGUUAUAGAAAACUUGAAAGUAACUCAUUGUGCUUUUUUCAAUAGCAUCAGCGCGACACCUUUCUCACAUGGUUUACUAUCCCUGCCUCCUAUGAGAACGUAACAGGAGUAUAAUGAAUGGAUUAAUACCACAGGAAAGGCCCAAAGCUGAAUAUAGGAUUUUGAUAUCAACUUACAUAACCAGCUAUGUCAUUUCU